CGCCCUACAGCGACACCGCCCAACGGCAUCCCUGCCCCACGCAUCCUCCUCGUCGUGCCGUCCUCUAUCUCGCGUAAGGCGUCUGGGGGUCUGGGCGGAUCCGCGGAUGGCCGUGCAGGCGCAGCACCUCGCCCACGCCUUCCACCAUGACUCCCGUGCCAUCAGGUUCGUCACCACCGCACACGCUCCUUGCCUUGCCUCCCCUCGCUCAUGCGUCCUGCGCUCCCCGCCUUCCCCCACACGCUCCGGCUAUUUAUCCGUGUCUGAUCUCCCGGCCGGUCAGCCGAUCGAUUCAUCGCUCGCGCGUCGUGUCUCGCAGCAGGCCAGCGCUGAACGACGACACGACGGCCGCGGCGGCGUUCCUCCGCGAACCCGCCGCCGGCCACCUGUUACUACUACCCUCCGCGGCGCAGCGGCAGCAGGUCGGCGGCAACACUGUGUUCAGCGACCCGCGCAGCGAGCUCACCUGCAACAACAACCACCUUCCCGACAGCGUCUGCUUCGCGCCGAGGAAGCGCGCGCGGACCGGCGACGUGGUGGGCGACGGCCUGACCAUGGAAGGCCACCGCGCGCUGCUGCCCGUGCCAGUGCCGCAGCUGCAGGAGUUCGCGCCCGCGGAGGACGUGCGGGGCAGGGUCCUCUGCUGCGCCGACGCGUCCACCAGCGGGCGCCUUCCCGGCUCCGCGCCGAUCUCGCACAGCGUCCUGUCGUAUCUCUACCGCCACAGCGUCGAGAUCGACGCGUUCGUUCGCCUAGAGAACGAGAGGCUGCGCUCGGGUCUGGAGGAGGCGCGGCGCCGGCACGCGCGCGCCGUGGUGUCGGCCUUGGAGCGCGCGGCGGCGCGGCGCCUGCGGGCGGCGGAGGCCGACCUGGAGCGCGCCCUGGCGCGCGGCGCGGAGCUCGGCGAGCGGCUCCGGCAGGUGGGCGCCGAGGGCCAGGCGUGGCGGGGCAUCGCCAGCGGGCACGAGGCCGCCGCCGCGGGCCUGCGCGCCACGCUCGACCAGCUCCUCCUCCAGGCGCCGCGCCCGGGGGCCGAGGGCGAGGCCGAGGCCGAGGACGCGCGGUCGUGCUGCUUCGGGCCGGCGCAGGAGGGCGCCCAGGCCUCCGCAGGCGCCGGCGCCGGGAGCAGGGCGUCGUGCCGGUCGUGCGGCGCGGCGGACGCGUGCGUGCUGCUGCUGCCGUGCCGGCACCUGUGCCUGUGCGGCGGGUGCGAGGCGGCCGCGGAGGCGUGCCCCGUCUGCGCGGCCACCAAGAACGCCUCGCUCCACGUCCUCUUGUCGUGACCUCGUCGGCCCCCGCGGCAGCCCAACGUAUAGAUUCAUCGGAUCGAUCGUUCAUUCCAAGGUCGCGUCCUCGUGUUUUUUUCCUCCCUUUUUCUCUGUCUGUUUCGAGACUAGAACCUGAUGAUCAACCAGUGUUUUUUUAUGGGUUGCCUGCCUCAGUUUGAUGUUUUUUCGGUGUUGAUGUUUGUAUGGUAUCAGUGGAGUUGUUGAAAUGGUGAACAGAUUCUAUCGAUUUGUAUU